AUAAUAAACCCGCAGUCGAGAGAGGCGUAACACUGACUGAGAAGGUUUCUUUCGUUUCCUCGCAAAAGAAAAGAGCAGACAGCAAUGGGAGUUUUCACUUUCGUGCUUCGCAAAUCCGGCGGAGAAUGGACGGCGAAGCAGCAUAACGGCGACAUCGAGGAGUCGUCUUCCGACACCUUCGAAAUCCAACGGAAGCUCGUUAAGGCCGUCUGCGCAGUCGAUUCAUCUGGCGCCGUUCAAUCCUCUUUCUCCAUAGUUACCCCUUCCUCCGCCGUUUUCCAGGUGGUUGUGGGUGGUGCGGUGUUUGUUGGAGGUGGUGCAGUGGCUGCAGCUGCUCCCGCAGGAGGAGCUGCCCCAGCUGCUGAGGCCGCCCCGGCUGCAGCGAAGAAGGAAGAAAAGGUUGAGGAAGAAGACGAUGAAGAUUUUGGAAUGUCACUUUUUGAUUAGAGUCUUAUGGUUACUUAUUUCUUCAAGGAAACAGCUUUGCUUUUAUCAAUCUAUGGUAGAAAUUUUGCACUAUGUAUUAUGAUGUAUUCGAUUGCGCUUGAUUAAGAGCACUUUUGGGUUUAAUAGAAUUUCUAUGCGAGACAUCAAUAGAAUUGUGCCUUUUUUAA